AAUAAAUUUCUUUUCAUAUAAAAUUUUAACAAAAACUGGAAAGUGGGUAGAGUAUCCAGAUAUUUUACUUAAGAAUAGUGAUACUCCAUAAUAAAAUUACACAAGUUAAAGCAAAAAGAACAUUACAGUAAUACACUUCUAAAAGUUACUCAAGUAAAUUGAGUAACUGGCAUUUUGGGUUGUCUUUGCAGAAGCUGGAUUAUUUGUAUGAUAAUAGAUUUAAUGGAGUCUGGGGAGGAGCUCACUGUACUUGGUGUUUCUUGGUCUGGUGGAUUCAGGAGACCUCUUCCAUGUUGUCCCACAACCUGCAUGGAGGAAUAUCAGGGGAGUCUACAAUGCAACCUGUGGCAGAUGUGGACUGAGAACCAUACAAACUCAUUCAAAGUUUUCGAACAUGGAAUUUCUUUGGGAGAAAAGAUUAAUUUAAUGCCGUUACUGUCAUGAUUAUAGAAGGAUCCAAGUCCAGAGAGCCAAAAAUGAUACAUUUUAUGUAUCAAAUUAGAAAAUAACUAUAAAGAAACGUAUAUCCCGUUGCAGAAAAUACAACUCUGGCAGUAUGGGAUACAUGGAAGAAUAAGAUAGAUUGGGUGUUUCUCUGUCAGGCCAGCUCUCCGGGAGUGGCUGGCCUCUCCUCCCACUUUGGCAUGCUUAUGUCCUCCUGCAGACAUUACUAAAAGGCACACAUUCUAGAAAUAAACAGAUUCUCACAGUCCUUAGUAUAGUGAUCUCUAUUUAUAUAGUUGAUUAAAUUAAUCUUAUCAGUAAUACUUUUCAUUCUAAUUUGCACAAUAAAAAACAUCAAAUGCUUGCCUGCUGCUCAUGAGGAACAGCUUCCUAAAAAUAUUCCUGGAAAGAUCUAGAGACGUAUGAUGUAUUUCACUGGACCUGUUUCUACUUCAUUCCUCUUUUAAUCACACCAGAAGUCUCACUCAGUUAACUGUCUGUCUUGUGUUAUAAUAUGCCAGGCAUAAGUCUUCAUGAAUUUUAUUUAAUUUGUUUUCAUUUAUUAAAAAAAGAGACUUGAUUAGGUGAGUUUUCUGAAUAUAGAGUAUUUUGGAGUUCUUCAGUAAAAUUAUGUAGAUAAAUAGUAGAGAAGGACUUAGCGACGUAUACCUCAGGAAAUGUUGUAAUAUUUGUUAGUUAAAUAGAAACAUUAAAUAUGUAUUAAUUUGCUUUGUAAAAAAUAAAUCUGUUUCAUCUGGUUACAUUUUGCAGCUCUGCUAUACUGGUAGCAAUUUGCCAUACAUUCAUAGUCACCUUGCUCACAGUAAAAGAAGUCAGAAAAAAAUAUUUUUUGAAAUUAGAAGAUUAUAUGUCGUCAGAGAUUAACGAACAGUGGAAGGUUAUCUUCUCCUGUCAUUGAUGAGCAUGAAAAAAAAAAACGUGGUGGGUGUUGGGUCUAUUUUAGUUCCUGACCUGCAAGGAAUCAACCAGAGACAUAAAUUGCUUUUCUGCAGAAGAGGGGAGCAGAGCCAGACGUAGAGAACCGCUGUCAAACACUCUCUGGAGUCAACUCUCAGUCCCCCACUGCCUUUUAUUAUGAUUACAAGGAAAGAGGUUGGGCUUUUUCACACAGUCACACAAACAAUUUAUCAGAGACCUCUACCAUAGGAUGUUCUGGAAGCUUCUGUGGACAUGCCCUUACCAGGGCACAAGGCUGACCUUUACAAAUCAGCUUCAUCAGGAAGCUGUUAACACAGAAAUGUGUAAAUGUUUCUAACCUCCAGGCAAACAUUAAAAAAAAAAAAACACUUAAUAAUGUACCAGAAAAGAAAGGAGCCAAGUAAACAACACAGAAUAAUAAUAUGAAAACAUAACAUUUCAAAUAAACUCUUAAGUAAAUGAACUUAGAUAAUAACUUUUCCAAGAGUGGGUGUGAAAUAGAGGUGGAGUUUUUCUCUCAUGUCUUUUCUGCAUAAAAGCUGUUGUAGCUCUGUGUUGUGCUGCUCCAGAGAAGCUGGCAGUGCAUGAAGCCUCAGCCUGUUCUGGGACAUAUGACUGGAUUACACUGCACAAAGGAUAUUCAGGAGAAUAUCAGCAGCUACUCUUCUGCACCUGUUCCAGUCAGCUCUUCUUCUCCAGUCUUUACUGAGCUCCAUCCUCUCAUGGCUAGCCCUGAGAACAACCCCUCCCUGGAAGACAGGGUGGAGGGCCAAUCAGGGCCUGCAGGACCAUCAAGCCUGCACAGGGCCUGGACCCACUUCCUCAAGGUGCUGUCAUAUUUCUCAGGAGACAUGGAGGUGUUUGGAAAAUGGAUGGAGAAACAGUUUUUUUUGCUGCAGCUCCUGGACUGGGUUCUGCGUGGAGCAGCACAAGUGAUGUUUGUUAACAACCCUCUGAGUGGCCUGGUCAUUUUUGCUGGCCUCAUCCUGCAAAAUUAUUGGUGGGCCCUCAACGGUUUCGUGGGGACACUCUUUGCAACAAUUUCUGCUCUCAUUUUGCAGCAAAGCAGGGGUGCAAUAGCUGCAGGACUUUAUGGAUACAACGGCAUCCUGGUGGGUCUCCUGAUGGCUGUGUUCUCCAAUGCAGGCGACUGGUACUGGUGGCUUCUGCUGCCCAACAUCUUCAUGUCCAUGAUGUGCCCGAUUGUGUCCAGUGCCCUGGCAUCUAUUAACACCCGCUGGGAUCUGCCGGUGUUCACGCUGCCAUUCAACAUCCUGGUGUGUCUCCACAUGGUCGCCACAGGCCAUUAUAACCACCAUUUCCCCCAAGUCCUCAUCCAGCCACGCUCAGAGCUGCCCAACAUCACCUGGUCUGAAAUCGACGUGGCAAAGCUGUUCAGGUCCAUACCAGUGGGAAUAGGACAGGUGUAUGGCUGCGACAACCCUUGGACAGGAGGGAUCUUCAUCAUCUCCCUCUUCAUCUCUUCACCCAUCACCUGUGUCCAUGCUGUCCUGGGAUCUGCUGUGGGAAUGGUGUCAGGUCUGGCUUUAUCAGCUCCUUUUGAGGACAUUUACUUUGGUCUCUGGGGAUACAACUGCGUCUUAGCCUGCAUCGCUGUAGGAGGGAUGUUUUACGCUCUCACCUGGCAGGUGCACCUGCUCGCCAUCACAUGUGCUUUUUUCUGCGCGUACCUUGGCUCUGCCAUCUCCAACGUCAUGUCCACGCUGGGUUUGCCGGCAUGCACCUGGCCUUUCUGCCUGUCUGCCCUCACCUUCCUCCUCCUAACGACGGGGACCAAGAGGAUAUUCAAGCUCCCGCUGGCCAAAGUCACCUACCCUGAGAAAAACCUGGCAUUCUACUGGAGGCUGAAGAAGCAGGAGAAGGCAGAGAAGGCGGCGAAAGAGAGUCAGGAGCAGCUGAACGCUGAGAUAACCCUGCAUGAGAAAAACCAAUUAAAACUGGAACUUCGACGAAUAGAGGAGGGGAGACAAGAAAGUGAAAACAACAACAGUACUGAAAUGGAUGAGGGCGUUAAUGUGGAAGGAACAAACGGAGAAGAUAAUUCCACCAAGGUUGUUCCUGCUGACUAUGUCUGAACAAUGUUCUUGGAAAUAGUGAAGAUGUGAAAAUAAGGAGUGAAAUGUUUGAAUAAUGUAAAAAUAUGUAGUUGUAAAUAUAUAUAUUUUUUUAUUAUUCUGCUGUCAAUAUUCAUAUUCUUUUUUAAGAGUAAUGUUCAAUUUAGCAACCAGUACUUCUUGUAUACACUUGUCUUAAUGUGGGUGCUAAGCUUUUAUUUGUACUGUAAUUUUUUUUGGAACAAUAAAUUUUGGUGUUUUCAAAAACAGGGAAUUUCUGUCAGCAGGAUAACUGGCUGUGCACUCCACUAAGCUGGUCUUUCUGGAUGAGUGGCACAAGAAAAGCUGUUUUGUUUACAAAGCUAUAAAAAACAUUCAAACACUGUUUCUGAUAUGUGAAAUGUUAAGCGUGUAGGAAAUAUAAUGCUGUCUACUGUCACGAACGUACCACCCCGUUGAUAUUUUCACCACCACACUGGUGAAAAAUGUAGAGGCUGCAAAAAGCUUAAGAUUAGGGGGAAGGUUCACUUUUCAGCAGAACUACACUCACCGGCCACUUUAUUAGGUCCAACUUCUCAUUAAUGCAAAUGUCAAAUCAACUAAAUGUCAAAUCAACCAAUUGGAUGGCAGCAACUCAAUGCAUUUAGGUGUGUACACAUGGCCAAGAUGAUCUGCUGCAGUUCAAAAAGAGCAUCGCAAUGGGGAACAAAGGUGACUUAAGUGACUUUGAAUGUGUCAUGGUUGUUGGUGCCAGAUGGGCUGUUCUGAGUAUUUCAUAAACUGCUGAUCUACUGGGAUUUACACGCACAAGUAUCUCUAGGGUUUACAGAGAAUGGUCCGAAAAAGAGAAAAGAUCCAGUGAGCAGCAGUUCUGGGGGCACAAAUGCCUUGCUGAAGCUAGAGGUCAGAGGAGAAUGGCCAGAUGUGUUUGAGCUGAUAGAACGGCAACAGUAACUCAAAUAACCGCUCGUUGCAAUCAAUGCAGAAGAGCGUUUCUGAAUGCACACCACAUGGAACGUUGAGGCGGCUGGGCUACAGCAGCAGAAGACCAACCGGGAGCCACUCCUGUCAGCUAAGAACAAGAAACUGAGGCUACAAUUCACACCGGGUCACCAAAAUUGGACAACAGAAGUUCGGGAAAAACACUGCCUGGUCUGAUGAGUCUUGAUUUCUGCUGCGACAUUCGGAUGGUACCGUCAGAAUUUGGCUUCAACAACAUGAAACAGGAGGGACACUGAAAUGUCAAAUGAACCUUGUAUCAACGGUUCAGGCUGGUGGUGGUGAGGCAAUGGUGUGGGCAAUAUUUUUCUGGCACACUUUGGGCCCAUUAGCACCAAUUGUGUCAACGCCACAGCCUACCUGAGUAUUGUUGCUGACCAUGCCCAUCCGUUUAUGACCACAGUGUACCCGUCUUCGGAUGGCUACUUCCAAAGGAUAGCGCACCAUGUCAUAAAGCAUGAAUCCUCUCAGACUGGUUUCUUGAACAAUGUGGUCACUCAACUUGAAUGGCCUCCACAGUCACCAGAUCUCAAUCCAAUAGAGCACCUUUGGGAAAUGGUGGAAUGGGAGAUUCGCAUCAUGGAUGUGCAGCCGACAAAUCUGCAGCAACUGCAUGAUGCCGUAGUGUUAAUGUGGACCAGAGUCUCUGAGGAAUAUUUCUAGUACCUUAUUGAACCAAUGCCACAAAGGAUUAAGGCAGUUCUGAAGGCAAAAGGGGGUCCAAUCCAGUACAAGCAAUAUGUACCUAAUAAAGUGGCCGGUGAGUGUACGUCAGGAUGGUUUAGAUUAAAGCUUAUUCACUUGUUUGAAUGGCCCAGUCAAAGGGUAGAUACAGAUCAAGUUUUUAGAAUGAAGCACAUUAAGCUUUUAUUUGGUAAGAAUGAUUCACUCUUUUACCCUGAUGAAUUAUUUUUAUUGGUUUAUACUUUCCGUGAUGUUUGUGCUCGUUUAUUGAGAAUGAACCCGAAACUUUAAAUAUUUAAAUGUUUGUACUUCCCCAUUAAAUUUCUAUCACACCUAAAUCAGUUGAAGCUUUGGCUCUGCUCACAAAGGGAUAAGUUUCUGCCUGGUUGCAACUAGUCGUCAUGAUGUGACUUUAAAGACAGAGUUACUUUAUGUUAUUAUAGGUUUAGUCACAAGAUGCAUCGCAAAUUUUUGAGAGGCCCCCAUGACUGCACAAAAACAUAUAAAUAAAUAUGACCCUGCUCACUGCAACACAAAGCAGAUUUGUCCGUUUACUAAUCUGGUUUAGGGGACUUGCACAACGAGUCUGAGAGAUUCCAGAGACUGUUGCAGUUCCUGAUUUAAAUGGUCAGAGAAUGGGAUUAAAUAUGAUCUGAGGCCCAGCACACUGAAAUACUGAAAUUAAAAAAAGCCUAACUCCGAAUUUGUUUCUUAAGCCCCUUUAGUGUUUUCAUUUUCUUAAUCAAAGAAUGCUUGUAUUACAGCAAGACACAAUUAAUAGACUCCGGACACUCAUGGAUAUCAGGAUACUCAUGGAUUAACUUGUUGGAUGUUUAAAGGUUUUCAUAUUUUUUUAAAAACUUUAACUUCAGUAUUAUUUUAUUUAGAUUUUAUGUGAUAGACGCUGAUCAGAGUACUGCCCAAUCCUGAAAUAUAAGGAAAAUUAUUAUUUUUAAAUUAUUGUUUUACAAUUAAAUUUUUAAAAAACUGCCUGUGCCUGUAAAGUUCUUGCUGCUGGUGCUGCUGCAAGUCUUUGGAGGUAUGUCUCUUCCAGGUCUGCACAUAUAUCAUUAAUUUUAAAAAAAAAUAAUGUGUGGAUGAUCACAUAACCUCUUCUAGUUUGUUGGUUUUGCUCAUGUAAAAUGAAUUUCCUCAUGGCUGAAUUUGAAGAUCAAAUCAAAAACUUUAGACUGCGUUUAUAACUGUGGUCAAUUUUGACCCUUUUUGCUCCCAUCAAGUCAGAGCAGACUGGAUUUGGCUUCAGUAGCUUCAAUUUGGUUAUUCACGCUAUUAAUACACAGUCAAAAGAAAAAGUAAGAUUGAAUAACUGCUAAAUACUGAAAGUUUAGGAAGGCUUAAACAAAAAGAUUAUGUAUGAAUAACUCUACAGUAGUAAUAUAUUAUUUUUAAAACUUUAGUUAGGCAAUCAACUUGAUAAAAUCUUGACUCUGUUUAAGAAUGUUAGGUGACAACAUCUCUAGUAACGUAAAUUACUAGAGGUGUAAUUUACAUUACAUCUCUAGUUCUCUUGUUCUUUCACUAUCUACACGUUAGAUGAAGAUGAAGCUUCAAAGCUGCAGCUUCUCUCUGCAUAUUUGCUAUAUCUCCCGUCGACAAACAGCAAAAUCAUGCAAAAAACUGAGACCAAAAACUGAGGAGAAAAUGAUUCCUUCUGUAUGCAUCCAAAGUUUGCCCUAAAAAAAAUUCCUAAAUCUUUAGCUCAUGUGUAAACACAGAAGUGAGCUAAAGAAACCUCAUUUUGGCAUGGGGUCAGGCAUGAUCAUAUAGCAAAAUCCAUCAGCUUCAGCAUUACUGUCGACAAUGACUGCAUUUGAGGAAAUUAUAUUUUCAUUUUCCUGUCAGUUGACGUUACGUAUGUCGAUGUUAUGUAAGUGAUUUACACUUGUUUGUCAAAUUUCUGGAACCUCACAAGAUCACACCUUUUGUGCCAGAUGCAGGUAAAAGCUUUGCUCUAGUGAAACUAUGCAACAGCAACCUUUAUGGAAACCUGUUGCGCCUCCUUCGUCAAUCCAAACAUUUGAGAUAGAAAAAUGUGAUAAGUGCCAGACAAGAUCAGAACACAGCAUGCCAGAGGCUUCCAGAAGCCUUUGGAGAAAACUCAGUAUUAAAACUGCAGUGUUUCUCAGUCACACGGCUCACAGAGAGAUUACAUCACACUCAACAAGUGUCAUUCCUCUGUCAACUGACUCUUACAUCCAUCUGCCAUUUUGAUUUACAGCAAUGGUUGGAUAAUUUUUUACAAGUGUUUCAACAUGACUAUGAUUCAUCCUUUGAAACAUUACUGUCUUGUCUUCAAGUAGAAAGACUUUAUUCUCAGGUGCUGUUGAGUAAAGAGCAAAGGAGGCUAGAUGGAUAAGACAGCCUGGUUAUCCCACAGCAUCAGGUUUUGCAGUUUCAGCUUACAUAACGGCUGUCGACGAGCAGAUAAAGUCCAAAGUGACAUCAAGAGGCUGGUUUAAUUGAUGACUAUAAAUUAAGUUUUAUCAGUGUGUCCAUUUUUCAGGUCAGAUAUAGUUGCUUAGCACUUUGUAUGACAGAGUUGUUUAAAAGCAACUUGGAUCCAUGAGCGACAAGUGUUUGCUGUGUUUUGACUCCAAUAAAGUGUAAAUUUCCUU